GCCACCUGCCGACUGCUCUCCGGAACCGCCGAGCGCGACGGCACCGAGCUCGCCCAGACAAAAACCUACAACCUCACCCGCUGCCGCUCCAAGAUCGUCACCUUCACGGGCGCCACGCUCGAAAUAACGGGUGAAUUCGAGUCCGAGCACGUAAAACACUACCCCCAUUCUGCCGACUCGCCUUUUGCCGCCUAUCUGAACUUGCACUUCCUCCUCCAGGCACGGAGGUCGCAGAGCAGCAGUGGGAGUGGGAGUGGGCCGAGGGUUAUGAUUUGUGGCCCGCCGGCGAGCGGGAAGAGCUCGCUGGCGAAGAUGCUGAUUGGUUGGGCGACGAGGCAGGGGGAGCAGCCUGUGCUGGCGACGGUGGAUCCGAGGGAUGGGAUGUUGGCUUUGCCGGGGACGUUGUCGGCGGCGGUGUUUGCUACGGUGAUGGAUGUGGAGGACCCGGAGGGGGGGGUUGGGGUGGGGUGUACCCCGUCUAGUGGGCCGAGUGCGGUGCCGGUGAAGUUGCCGGUGGGGUAUUACUUUGGGAGGGAGAGGGUGGAGGAUGAUGAGGGGCUUUGGAAGGAUCUGGUGAGACGGUUGGGGAGCUCGGUGAGGGCGAAGACGGGGGGGGAUCAAGGGGUGAGGAGGGGAGGUGUGGUUGUUGAUACCCCGGCCGUGGAGGUGAGGAAGGGGGAGGUGAAGGUAAAAGGGGAGGAUGGAGAGGAAGAGAGGGAAAGGGGGGGAGGGGUGGAGGGGUUGAUGCACGUCAUUAGAGAAUUUGCUGUCAAUAUCGUUAUCGUGCUUGGGUCACCAGACUUGGAAGCUAAGUUGAGGCGCCGAGAUAGGAAGACACCACUAGGGGAGCCGAUUGAGAUUGUGAAUCUUGACAAACCUGAUGGAGUGGUGGAGCAAGACAGACAGCAUCUGCUCUCGUCACGCAAGGCUCUGAUCAAGGAUUACUUUUUUGGCGAUUCCAAGCGAGCUCUUAGUCCUUCGGUGCAGUCGUUUAGUUUUGACGACGUCGUGAUCUUUAGGGCCGUUGAUGGUAAGCGUCCUGGAUCUGAAUCAUCAUACAUACAACGGCUAAUACAUGAACAGCCAUGGAUCUCGACGACCCGAACCAGGUUCUGGAGCACGCAGAGAUCUCAGAGGAAAUGUCACACUGGACACUGGCGGUCAUGGAUGCCUCGGUCAAUGACCCCCUGGAGACAAUACGACAGGCGCCUGUCAUCGCGGCCGGUUGACUCGGCCGAUGGUCUGGGGACGGUGGCCGGAGCCGUAUGUCAACCUGUUGGGUUAGAGCAAUUGGCGGUAAUACAAGCAAAGGCCAUCUACAAUACAUAUUGUCUCAUGGUUCCCACUAUGUCUUUCUCCCAGUAUGUCUUUCUCUAG